UUCGUCCUGGGCACAGGGCAGGCAAGACACGCGGGAGAGAACAUAACUAGGAAGAGUGAACACCUUUUUUAGGUGCUCAGCGCAUACCAAGCGGCGAUGCAACAGAUUUGUGCAGGUUUUUAGGUGGAAUAUUUUUGUCCAUUUAUUGGAUCCAUUUUUGGAGGGGGAAUGGCAUGUCUUAUGGCAGCAUUUUCUGUGAAUAACGUCACUGUCACUAACUCCAUCCUAAUGAACACCAAUGGGCCUCCCGAUCUGAUGCUGGACCCCAGGACUGUAUGUGUAUCUCUUGAUGAAGUGGUAUCCAAUCAUGUGAGCAGUCAACAUACUCCAUUAUUAAAUGGGCAUCUCAAGAAGGUGGAGAACAGUCUAACUGAAGCCCAACGUUUUUCCUACCUGCCACGUCGACCAGCAGUAAACAUUGAAUUCAAAGAUGUCAGCUACUCAGUUCCAGAGGGACCAUGGUGGAGAAAGAAAGGUUACAAGACCCUGCUGAAAGGGAUCUCUGGGAAAUUCACCAGCGGCGGCCUGGUGGCCAUCAUGGGUCCCUCAGGAGCUGGGAAAUCCACCCUGAUGAAUAUUCUGGCCGGCUACAGAGAGACAGGGAUGAAGGGGGAGAUCUUGAUCAAUGGGCAGCCUCGUGACCUGCGCUCUUUCAGGAAGGUCUCGUGCUACAUCAUGCAGGACGACAUGCUUCUGCCUCACCUCACAGUACAGGAAGCCAUGAUGGUGUCUGCUAAUCUGAAGCUCCAGGAAAAGGAUGAGGGCAAGAGAGACAUGGUGAGGGAGAUCCUGACGGCCCUGGGCCUGCUUGAGUGUGCGAAAACCCGAACGUCACAUCUAUCAGGGGGGCAGAGGAAAAGGCUGGCCAUCGCCCUGGAGCUUGUCAACAACCCCCCCGUCAUGUUUUUUGACGAACCCACCAGUGGCCUGGACAGUUCCUCCUGCUUCCAGGUGUUGUCUCUGCUGAAGGCCCUGGCCCAUGGUGGCCGCACCGUCAUCUGCACCAUCCACCAGCCCAGCGCCAAGCUCUUUGAGCUCUUCAACAAGCUGUAUGUCCUUAGUCAGGGCCAGUGUAUCUACAGAGGGAAUGUACCUAACCUGGUCCCCUAUCUCAGAGAGCUGGGGCUCAACUGCCCAACGUACCACAACCCUGCAGACUUUGUGAUGGAGGUGGCGUCUGGGGAGUACGGAGAUCAGACGGCUCGUCUGGUGAAGGCCGUGCAGGAGAGGAAAUGUGAGCAGGUCUACAAGACAGACAUGAACAAUGGACCCCUCAACCCCUUCUUGUGGCACAAAUCUUCUGAUGAGGACUCAUCUUCCAGUGAGGGCUGCCACAGUUUCUCGGCCAGUUGUCUGACUCAGUUCUGCAUCCUGUUCAAAAGGACGUUUCAAAGCAUUCUUAGAGAUACGGUGCUGACUCACCUAAGAAUCUCCUCUCACAUUGGAAUUGGGAUUCUGAUUGGCCUGCUCUACCUGGGCAUCGGCAACGACGCCAAGAAAGUGCUCAGCAACUCUGGCUUCCUCUUCUUCUCCAUGCUCUUCCUCAUGUUUGCUGCUCUAAUGCCUACUGUUCUGACCUUCCCUUUGGAGAUGGGAGUGUUCCUAAGAGAGCACUUGAACUACUGGUACAGUCUGAAGGCUUACUAUCUGGCCAAGACUAUGGCGGACCUCCCCUUCCAGAUAGUGUUCCCAGUCGCCUACUGCAGCAUCGUCUACUGGAUGACGUCCCAGCCGCCUGACGCUGUGCGCUUCAUACUUUUCUUGGCCCUGGGAGUCCUCACCUCUCUUGUGGCUCAGUCUCUGGGCCUGCUGAUAGGAGCGGCAUCCACCUCGCUGCAGGUUGCCACGUUUGUAGGUCCGGUGACUGCCAUACCCGUACUGCUUUUCUCUGGCUUCUUCGUCAGUUUCGACACAAUUCCGUGGUAUCUUCAGUGGAUGUCAUACAUUUCAUAUGUCAGGUAUGGCUUUGAAGGUGUCAUCCUCUCCAUCUAUGGCCUGGACAGGGAGGACCUCCACUGCGACAAGGGUGAAACAUGCCACUUCCAGAAGUCGGAGGCCAUCUUGAAAGAGCUUGACGUGGAAGAUGCCAAACUGUACCUUGACUUCAUAGUGCUCGGCAUGUUCUUUGUGAGCCUCCGCUUCCUCGCAUACUUUGUGCUGCGCUAUAAGAUCAGUGCAGAGAGGUAGACUGGAGAGUGGGGGGGUAGGAGGAAGAAGGCCCAGAUCGCUUGCAUGCUGGAAUACAGCUUCUGGAGACCUCCAGGCUGUGGCCAGAAACACACCAUGCACACCAAACUCUUGGCCAAAGACUACAGAAUAUAGACACCAGUUGUGUGGGAGUGUGCAUGCUGUAUGAAUCUACUUUGCUUAGACAAAGAUGGCAGAGAGGAGCUCAGUGCCUCAGGCCGUGGCUGAUUCCCAAUAUUACAAGACCAUUCUUGUUUAAAAACCAAAACCAUUGGCUUUUUGAAGGCAAGGCUCCUGGCACAGUAGGAAUCUAGAUGUAAUCUCCUUGUGCAGUAUUUCUUUGUCCAAGAGAACCAACUAAGUAAUGUAGGAAUUUGUUGUUGAUAGGCUCUUGUCUAGUCUAUAGUUUCCAGACUGGUUUGUAUGACCACUGUGUGAAACCAAUUAAAUGAAAUAGCUUGGUGGAAGGACAAUGAGAAGACAAGGCCACACUUAAACAGGAGCUGGUUUCCUCCAAAGUGUGUUUAUUAUAUAGGACUGCCAGCCAGUCAAAUGGGGCUCUAAUCCAGGACCCUCAGUAAAUAAAGGGAAAUGUACAAUAUUGCUUGUUGCUAAUAUGGGAUAAAGCAAUCAUAUACAUUCUGAGCAUGUGAGAGACUGUACAGUACCGGUAUAUAGUUUAUCUGGGGUGAGUAUCCUGGAAGCAAACUUGUCAUGUAGCGCUCGACAACCCAGCCUCUCAGGCGCAAGUGAGUAACAUCUGUGCUUGAACAAACUAAUUAAUCAAAUGAAGCACAUUCUAUGAGUUGCGUGGGCGUGCUUCUGAGUUUUUGAGAGAAAUCAAGUACCACGUUAGCACCCCUGGUCAGAGGUCUGUGGUUGUGAUUGUAGGGCUUGAGUAGUUGCAGGAAGAUAUGGGGGAUUUUAAUUCGGAUGGGACUGCGGCAGGUUUAACAUUACACGCCAGAAUCCUAACCUGAGAUCUGAGCAUGUAACGCGAACGCCAAGUUAAGCAUUACAUUAUCUCAAUCAUUACCAACACAGCUUUGAAUGGCAUGGAGGAUAGUCACACAGUCAGUCACGUAAAAGAAAAUUGAGAGUGAAGAGAAUUUCACUAGUUAAUCCUCUGUCACAAAAUAAAAUCAUAACGAAACAUUUUCACUGCAGGAAUUAUGGGUACAGUAGCUGGCCGUGGCACGAAAGGGAUGGAUUUUGACACCUGACUGGCCAAUCAGAACAUGCUCCACGGCUAAAUAUGUGGUUGCUUUACAGUCUUUUAUGUUUUGCGUUGUCAUCAACGCCAAUUUGAAUGUUAGUCCGCUAUAGCCUAGUUUGGUAAAUAGCCUACAGAAACAAAAUAACUAAAUAUCGGCCUACGCAUCUUUGCUAAAUAUAUUUAACAUGUUGGCAGUCCACAUUGCGUCAAUAUGGAAAUAUAAGAUUAAACAUAGCAUUCACACUGACAUAGGGGCUAGGCCUACUGUAAAUGUCAUUAUGGCUGAGCCAUGGACAUGCCAAACGUUGUCAAUAAGCAAGAUAUAAUUCACUAUUGAUGAGGCCUAAAAAGAGUGAAUCAUUCUAAUCAAAUUCUAAUCAAAAGAAAAAGUUGUUUUAAGUAGGCUAUGUCUAAAUACAGUUAGGCACCAUAAUUACUCCCUGUGGGCAUAUAAUAUUACAGCAUAGAAGCUGGACAAAGAUCCAACAUAAAGAGAAUGUCCACUCACCGUUCUACUGCUCCCAAAUAUUUUUUUUAUAAACAUAACGGAACCAUUUUACAGAUCGCAUUCACAAGUCUCCAGAAAUAGCAGACGGCUCCUACAUUACAUUGCAUGUGUGAUGAACGUGCUCAUCGUAAAGCCAUGCCGGUGAAACAUUUUAAAACGUUUGCUUGUUUUGACGUUUCAUUUAAUUAAAAAAACAAUCCGUUUUCCCCCCAACAACUAUAGUUCUAAAUAGCUUGGGGUCAGAAGCAUGAUAUCAUUAAAAAACGGACAGGAAGCAGCCUUCGUUACAGCGACAGUACAUAGGCCUAGGUUAAAGGAACAUUUUUCACAUUCAUCAUCUCUAGCACCACCACAACAUCAACGUAUGUGAAAAUGGCUUGUUUCUAUGUUUUGCAGUAAACAAGUGUUUCCAAUGACAUCAUCAACCAAUUAGUAGGCAAUGUUUACUCACAAUUGGUCGAAAUCACAUUAUGCACACCGUUGAUGUCAUUGGAAACACUUAUCUUCCGCUAUCUUUUUUUACAACAAAACAUAGAAACUCACCAUUUCCACAUGUUGAUGUUGGGGGUGAUGAUGAAUAUGAAGUUGGAAAAAAAUGUGGUGUUUCCCUUUAAGGGUAGACUAUAGGAUGGCUUGGUUUGUAAUCAUAUGAAACGGAAAACAAGCAAUUGUUACAGGAAAAUAAGUUCUAAAGGGCCACCAGCAUUAUCUCAUCUCUCCUUUCAUGAUGGGCACAUGGACACAUGUAGCCUGCGUGGAGGGGUUUUUACGCACGUCCAAAACGGGAGCUGGCUAAAAUAACUUAGGCCUACACAAUACACACACAUAGAUAUAAAGGGGAUGUCCACACUGUUUUUCUGCUCCCAAACUUUCAUUUUUAAUUAAGCUUUGUUAAGAUUUAUUUCAAAGCGGUCUCACUAGCCAAACCCUUUAUUGUUAGGCUUGGCUACUUGGCGAACGCAUUGGGCAGGACAAAACAACUGCCUUCAUUGAGAGGAAGGGAGGAUUAUGCACCGUUUUUAAUCAAAUGAAACCAAAUGAGAAAACAUAUCCCCUCUUCUUCCAUGAGUAUAAGGGUCACAGCUGGAUAGGUUGCGCUUCCGCUCACAAAAUCCUUGCCAUUACCAACCGCGUUACCGCAAAGACUGGCUUUUCAUUGGUCUUAAGUCUCCCGAUAUGCGUUGCACGAAAUUGUCACGUUUGCGCUUGUUUUCAAGGGCACGCCUAAAAUAUUAACACAGCGCAAGCGAGCUGAUAUUAGACUGAUGCGUUGCUGAACCUGGCACAUGGGGUGGAAAACGCCAAAGCAACAGUUUUCACAUGCUGAAUUUGUGCGUUUGGCACUUGUGCCGCGUAGCUCUAGCCGAAAAUAGAGCUUAUUCUCUUUUGAUAGGUUUGCUCCAUGUGAAAAGGAAAUUAUAUGACCUCAUGGCAUCUUGUCAAUAUACAUGGCUUUCAUUUGUUUACCAUAGUGAGAGGAACAUGCACUGGCCACAUGUGUAAACCUCAAGAAUAUUGGAAUGAAUAGCAAAGUGAAUGCAUUAAAGGGAUAGUUCAACCAAAUUACUAAAUGACAUUGGUUUUCUAACCCUGUAAGUAGUCUGGGGACAAGUUAAGACAGCAAUCCAUGCUUUGGUUUUGUUUAUUUGACCACUGUCUCCAAAUGCUAACUUUUUAGCAUUCAUGUCAUUAAUUACAAUAUGUCGUUGGGGUGAACUAUCCCUUUAAGUUGUGAAAUAGGCAUUUAAACGAUGUACAGGUUGCAUAACAUGACAGCAGAACUGCAUGAAACAAAUUAAACUGCUUAAUCUCUUUAGUGGUUUACUUAUAUGGCCUGAAAAAUAUACUUUUAUAUUUUUUUUAUUUAAAUAUCAGACUAUUUCAUACUGCCUUUGACAACCUAAGAUUAUAUUCUCAUCACCAAGGUUCUACAGACAACAGGGUUGGGGUCAAUUUAUUAUUGAAUUGUAAUUUGAGUUAACUUCCCGAAUUAACCGACUUAUAUUCAAAUUGACCGACUUAUAUUCGAAUUGACCGACUUAUAUUCAAAUUGACCGACUUAUAUUCGAAUUGACCGACUUCAAUUCGAAUUGACCUCAACCCUGACAGACAAACACUCCGCUGGACAUAGUCAUGGUUACAACACACCAUCCAUAUGCAUUAAAGCAUAUGGAACCAGCUGCACAUUGGUACUAAGGAUGUUGAUUCAAUUGCACUUCAAUAUUGAUUAUCAAGCCAUUAUUCAAUUCCAUAAUUACUUCAAAUCAAGAAUCAUGUACAUUUUCUGAAAAGUGUUGGUCUAGAAAGUAUGAUGAAUUUUUUAAAACUUUAAAACAAUUUUACACACUUUACAUAAUGUGAUACUGCAAAUAUCAAUGCAAAACCUUUGUAAAACAGGAUAAUAUGCUCUUGUAGAUUGGUAUGUUUUUGUCAUUACUUUAUUUUGUGUUGCAAUAUUUCACACACAGAGGUUGAAACUAAUAAAACACUGCAGAGGAAAUGUUGCAUUUUACAUUAUUUCAAAGCUAUGUUUUAUUGGCAGUGUUAUGAACAUGUUUUCAGUACAAAGGAUAGUAUUAUUAAAUAUGUUAAUUCUGCUUGCUGGGGAUGAGGAGGCUUUAAAAGUGUGUCAUGUUUAGACAAACCUCACUCUGAAGUUCUGAACUCAUUGGAACAGCUUUUUUUUAUCAAGAAUGUGGGGCAUUACCAAAUUAUUUUUUUGUACAUUGUUUUUUCCCCCCGAUUGUUUAGCUUUUCCUCCUUUUGAAUCCUAUUUAUAUCUACACAAUACACUGAUUAUACAAAACAUUAAGAACACCUACCUAAUAUUGAGUUACACCUCCUCCCUUUCUUCCUCAGAACAGCCUCGAUUUGUCGGGCCAUGGACUCUACAAGGUGUCGAAAGCGUUCCACAGGGAGGCUGACCCAUGUUGACUCUAAUGCUUCCCACAAUUAUCAAGUUGUCUGGAUGUCCUUUGGGUGGUGGAGCAUUCUUGACACACUCAGGAAAUUGUUCAGCGUUAAAAACAGUAGCGUUACAGUUCUUGACACAAACCAGUGUGCCUGGCACCUUCUACCAUAACCAGUUCAAAGGCACUUAAGUAUUUUGUCUUGCCCAUUCACCCUCUGAAUGGCACAUAUGUAACAGUAUAACUUUACGUCCGUCCCUCGCCCAUACCCGGGCUCGAACCAGGGACCCUCUGCACACAUCAACAACAAUCACCCACGAAGCAUCGUUACCCUUCGCUCCACAAAAGCCACGGCUCUUGCAGAGCAAGGGGAACCACUACUUCAAGGUCUCAAAGGGAGUGAUGUAACCGAUUGAAACGCUAUUAGCGCGCACCACCGCUAACUAGCUAGCCAUUUCACAUCCGUUACACAUAUACACAAUCCAAGUCUCAAAUGUAUCAAAGCUUAAAGCUCCUUCUUUAACCUGUCUCCUCCCCUAUCAUCUACAUUGAUUGAAGUGGAUUGAACAAGUGACAUCAAUAAGGGAUCAUAGACUGACAAGGUGAAAGCUAUGUCAUUGAAAGAGCAGGUGUCCUUAAUGUUUUGUAUACUCAGUGUAGAUUACCUCAUGGUAAACUGCAGACCCUUUUAUCUACCAAAAUAAUCUACAAGCUAUGUCAUGGAAAGAGCAGGUGUCCUUAAUGUUUUGUAUACUCAGUGUAGAUUACCUCAUGGUAAACUGCAGACCCUUUUAUCUACCAAAAUAAUCUACAAGCUAUGUCAUGGAAAGAGCAGGUGUCCUUAAUGUUUUGUAUACUCAGUGUAGAUUACCUCAUGGUAAACUGCAGACCCUUUUAUCUACCAAAAUAAUCUACACCCCACUCCAUAAUGUUUUGUCGGCCAAUUCUUGCAUCAAACUAAAGCUGUAUUUGAAUAAUGUUUUAUUUUCAAGUGUUGAGAUACUCAGUUUAUAGCUCAUAUUUUCUGCAACGUGAAAACUGUUACGUACUGACAUUGUAGAUGAAUGAAAUUAAUAAAGUUGCAAUAUUUUUCA